GCUGACCUCCCCCGUGUGGCGGCUGUGUGCCGUCGCUGGCGCCCGCUCGCCCUCGACCCCUCGCUGUGCUGCUCUGCCUUCUGCCGCUCCCACCGCCUGCUCUCCCUGCGCCUCCCCCCCUCCGCUGCCCAAGCACCGCCAACGCCAGCAUCAGCAUCAGCAUCAGCAUCAGCAUCAGCAUCUGCAUCAGCACCAGCAGCAGCAGCAGCAGCAGCAUCAGCACCAGCACCAGCUGUAACAGCAGCACCAGUGCCAGACGCAAAGGGGGAUAAGCUAUCAUCCUCUCUCCUCCAUUCCGCCUCCACUCCUGCAGCGCGCUCCCGUGCCCACUCGCACCCCCCUCCCCUCCCCUCGUCUCCCACUCCUCUCACCGCCCGCCGUGGCCCCCCCUCCCUCCUCUCGCUCCUUGCAUCGCCCGAGUUCGCCCUCUCGCACCCCAUUGGCCGCACCGACUCCAUUGCCAGCUUGGCAGUGCGCUUCCACGUGCAGGCCAUGGACAUCCGCCGUCUCAACAACAUCAUGAGCGACCAUGCCAUCCACACGCGCACGCGCCUCCUCAUCCCCAUCCCCGCCCCCCGCCGCCCGGCUGAGCUGGCGGGGCGGCACUGCGCCGUCCAGUUUGACUCCCACGCGCGGCGGGAGGUGCUGCUGGUGUUCGAGGAAGGGGAGGAGGCAGAGAUUCGGCGAUCGUAUGGAGAGGCACGGAAUGCCAGACCCUCAGCAGCGCAUGGCACUGCGCAGGUGGUUUCUCUGUUGCAACGAGCCCUUCAGGUGGACGAGCCAACAGCGCAGUACUACCUGGGCGAGGCGGGCGGCGACGUGCGGGCGGCAGUGGCACUGUUCAUGGAGGACCAGCAGUGGGAGCGGGCGCAGGCACAGGCAGGGGAGAGGAGGAAGAGCCUUGUGAUUGGCUGCAGGAGAGGGAGAGCUGAUAGGUUGUAA